AUGACGGUCAGACUUGAGAAUCCAAUGAAUCGACAAUGCUUGGAGAAUCAAAACUCAGAUGCGCGAUCUUAUAAUAAGAAGCUGGUGAAAUUGUUGCCUAAAAUACAAGUAGAGCUGCCAAGGUCCAAACUUGUGUAUGCAGACAUUUAUCAGCCAUUGAUGGACAUGAUCACUCAUCCUCAACAAUAUGGAAUUGUAGAAACAACAGUGGGUUGCUGUGGCACUGGUGUCUUGGGGCUUUCAUUAUUCUGUAACUCGGUGAUAUCGGCAUGUGGAAAUCCUUCACAGUUUGUGUUUUGGGAUAGUGUUCACCCAACCCAAAAAGUUUACCAACAACUUGCCAAAUACAUCGUCAAGGAAGUCGUUCCCAAAUUAUUACCAAAUUAA